AGAAUGGCGGCUAAGAGGCUUCUUGAUGAACCCCGUCGUGAACCCAACGAGCCAGAUCCCAAAAGGAUUAGAACUACACCUUCUUUCGCAGCUGUAAUUGGAGAAGUUGUGAUGCUGAAAUCGUUCCACAAAUUUAUUUCAACCUUGGAGCCAUUGCUUCGAAGAGUGGUGAAUGAAGAGGUGGAACGUGUGCUUCGACGCAGUGCUGCUCGUCUCUAUAGGGAACCCUCAAUGCAAAUCAGAGCAGCAAUAGAAGCCUCAACCUUAACACUUAGCUUCAGCAAAAAGCUCUCACUCCCAGUGUUCACCGGAAGCAAAAUUGAAGAUUUUGAAAAUAGCCCACUUCAAAUCUUUGUUGUGGACACCCAAGGUGGUCGGAGUGUUCCAACCGCUUUACCUUAUCCUAUCAAAGUAGAGAUUGUUGCUAUCGAUGGUGACUUUGCCUCAAGAGACGCUGACAAUUGGAGUAGCGAACAAUUUAACAGCAAAAUUGUGAGAGAAAGAGAAGGGAAGAGGCCAUUGCUCGCUGGAGACGUCAUUGUCACUAUAAGGGAUGGUUUUGCUACGAUAGCAGAUUUAUCAUUUACCGAUAAUUCGAGUUGGAUUCGAAGUCGGAGGUUCAGACUUGGGGCAAGAGUAGCUCCGGGGAGUAGUAGUCAACAAGGUGUUAGGAUAGGUGAAGCCAUGACAGAAUCCUUCAUGGUUAAAGAUCACAGAGGAGAGUUGUACAAGAAGCACCAUCCACCGUCUCUGCAAGAUGAGGUUUGGCGUCUAGAGAAAAUUGCGAAAGAUGGGGCCUUCCAUAGGAAACUAGCUUCAGAGAACAUCCACACAGUCCAGGACCUGUUGAAGCUAUGGGUCGUCGACAGCGCAAAGCUUAGAAGGAUAUUAGGUGGAGGGAUGUCGGACAAGACAUGGGAAGCAACAAUAAAGCAUGCGAAGACGUGUGUGAUGGGUACCAAGUUGUAUAAAUUCCAUGGACCCCAACAAUAUUCCCUUAUCUUGAAUCCUAUAUGUCAAGUUGUAUGGAUCAUUGUGGACGGCCAAUUCUACACCAUUCACGAUCUAACUAUAUUUCAAAAGGCCCAUGUUGAGAAGUUGAUUAGAGAAGCCUACAUGCAAUGGAAUUUGUUGGAAGAACUAUUGGAUGGAGUGGUCAAUGAGAAUAUUGCUUUUCAAGCAACAGGUGAUAGGGAGGUGCAAUAUUUGAAUUAUCAUCAAAAUAUUGCAAGAUUAAAUCACGACGACACUCUUAUUAUGGAUACAUUCCUCGUAGAGGUUCCUAAUGGAGUCAUGGAAUAUGGUGGUGAUCGAUCACAAAAUUUGACACAUUUUAACCCCCAAGUUGGAAACACAAAUGUUUACAACAUAUUGGACUACUCAUCCGAAGGUGAUUCAAUGCCACCACAGGCUUACUUCAGUUGA